UUUUGGUCACUUCCGGUUAGUUUUAAAAAUGUAUAGUUUUAGUUGACUUUUUUAUUUUUAUUUUGGGUAUAUUACAAGGUUAAACGCGAAUGUUAAAAUACAAUACAACAAAAAAACUGCUGAAGACUUCUAACUCACACUUUUGUACACAUCCAAUCUCAAUGAACAUGCCCGAUGCACGGAGCGCUCCAUAUUAGAUACACAGUUAUAUUCUGGAUUUUAGCAAAAUGUGUGAAAACUAAGGGUGAACAUGGGAAUACAUUUUAAAAAUGCCAGCUGCCUUCACGGAAAUUACUUCAUAUCAUUAUAAUAAAAUCAUGACAUCAUUGGACUGAAUUUGCAGCAGUGAUUUAGAUUUAGAAGGUGAAGCGCUCCCUCCCGAAAACACUGCGUCUCUCUCCUCCGGUGGGUGGGCGUGUUUUCUUCACACCGUGUCGCUCCUCUGUCCGGUCACUCGGGUCUGGACUGGGACUCGGACUCGGACACGCUCCGCAGUGGGAGAUGAUGCCUCAUUCAUCUUUUUAACGAGUUUUGAAGGAGAAGAACUGCAAGAUGCUGCUGCCGCUGCUGACGCUGCUGCUGAGCUUCAGCGGGACUGUACUGGGACAACUGGAGGACUCUAAAUUUGAAGAUGAUGUUGACUUGGCGGACUUUGGUUUAGACAUUGCGCCGCGCAGGGUCCCUCGCCAGGUGAAAACUAUAAUAACCAAGGAGACCAAACCUCACAUCCAGGAACUCUCCAUCAAGACCACGAUCAUCUCCCGCUACGCUUUCACCGCGGUGUACUGCUCCUUGCUUAACCGCCACCCCGCCGCUAGUGAGGGCGUCUUUCAGUUUCAAAUCCCCGCUAAUGCCUACAUCUCCAACUUCACCAUGAUCAUUGGGGGGCGUGUCUACCAGAGCGAGGUCAAGCCGAAGGAGAAGAGGGUCAAACAGGAGAGAGGAAAAUCCGGGACGAAGGAGCCAGGUGAUGCAAGUCCAGAGCCAGAAGUGGAGGUGUUCAGAAUGGCGGCUAAAAUACCUGGUCGAAACCGGGCCGUCUUCCUUCUGACAUACGAGGAACUUCUGCAGCGCCGGCUGGGACGCUACGAACACAUGACCAGCCUCCGGCCCAUGCAGCUGGUCAGCCGCCUCAGCCUAGACGUCACCAUCGUUGACCAUUCCCUGAUCACGGACCUGGAGGUGCUGCCACUCCAGAACGGCAAGAGCAACGCUGCCGCCAACACUGCAACUGCUCCUAAGGCACCAAACAUACCAGCCAAGCCUGAGCUUCCCAUCACCACUGUGAUCAAAAACGAAAAGAACGUCUGCAAGAUCACCUUCAGCCCCAACAUCAUCCAACAGGCAAAGAUCACCACCAGUGGCAUCCUGGGAGACUUCGUGAUCCGCUAUGAUGUUCAAAGAGACAUGGGGAUCGGAGACAUUCAGGUUUUGAACGGCCAUUUCGUCCACUACUUUGCCCCCAAAGACCUUCCUGCUGUGCCUAAGAACGUGGUGUUUGUGAUCGACACCAGCGCCUCCAUGUUGGGGACUAAGAUAAGACAGACUAAAGAUGCCCUCUUCACCAUCCUGAGGGACCUGCGGCCCGGCGAUAACUUUAACUUUGUCAGCUUCUCCAAUAAGAUCAAAGUUUGGCAGCCGAAUCGUCUCGUGCCAGUGACGCCCCUCAAUAUCAGAGACGCCAAGAAGUUUAUCUACAUGCUGGCGCCCACUGGAGGCACCAACAUCGACGGCGCCAUCCAGACCGGCUCGUCUCUGCUUCGAGACUACCUCCUGGGCCCUGACAGCAGCCCGAACAGCGUCUCGCUCAUUAUUUUCCUGACAGAUGGGCGACCCACUGUUGGAGAGAUCCAGUCCGUGGCGAUCCUGGGGAACACUCGCUCAGCUGUGCAGGAAAAAUUCUGCAUCUUCACAAUUGGGAUCGGUAAUGAUGUGGACUACCGACUGCUGGAGCGCAUGGCUCUGGAAAACUGUGGGAUGAUGAGACGCAUCAACGAGGAGGCUGACGCAAGCGCCAUGCUCAAAGGGUUCUAUAAUGAAAUUGGAACUCCUCUGCUGUCUGACAUAAGAAUCAACUACACGGAGAACUCCGUCCAGUACGUCACUCAGAAUCUUUUCACCAACUACUUCAACGGCUCUGAGAUCGUCGUUGCUGGCAAGCUCACAAACGAAAGCGCAGAAUCUCUCCACGUGCAGGUCACUGCCAGUAACAACGAUAAGAGCAUCAUACUCGAGACCGACGUGCCACUGCGACACCGGCAGAUAGAUACAGAGAAGAAUGUGAAGUUAGCCACUGCUGCAAUGGCGACGGGCGUCAGAGGCCUGGGAACUGACGUGACACAGAAAUUAGGAGUCGCUUUGGGUUCGGUAGCAGAAGACUUCGUGGAACGUGUGUGGGGUUUCCUAAGCAUCAAAGAGGGGCUGCGGUCACGGCUGCGCAGCCAAACCAGCAAAGACAGGGAAGGCCACACUCAGCAGGCCACCAACCUGUCCAUGACCUAUCACUUCCUCACUCCUCUCACUAACAUGGUGGUGGAGAAGCCUGAAGUCCUGACUGAUGGCACCAUGGCCCCGGCGCCCACCAUUACGCCAGGAGCCGGUGAGGCUACCUCACCUGCCAAUGAGCUGCCAGGUGACACAGAUGACAGAGAGCAACAGACACCUGGCAGGAACCUCAACAGCCAGGCUUUAUCGCAGAGCAACACAAUCGGUAAAGUUGUGAGAAGACCAACAAAGAAAUCGAUCACCUUCUCCAAGACAUCGGCGGAUGGCGACCCCCAUUUUGUGGUUGAGUUCCCCCUGAGUAAACUGACUGUGUGCUUUAACAUCAAUGGCGAGCCUGGACACAUCCUUGGUCUGGUCUCCGACCACAAAUACUCUGGUGUGACGGUCAACGGUAAGCUCAUCGGCGCCCCGGCACCGCCGGGCAGUCACAAGCAGCAGCGUACUUACUUCAGCACUAUCACCAUUGUGGUGGAUAAACCCCAACGCGCCUACAUCGAGGUGACCCCUAAGAAGGUUAUUCUGGAUGCACGGGACCGCAUUGUUCUGCCCUGCCACUCUACUGUCUCUGUGGACAGUGGAGCACUGUCUGUGGCCAUUGUGGGAAAUUCGAAUGUGACCGUGACGGUCGGUGGGAACAUCAGCUUCGUAAUCCUGCUGCAUCGGUACAAGAACCCGGCGCCCUACCAGAGAGACCAUCUGGGGUUCUACAUUGGAAACAACAAGGGGCUGUCGCACAACUGCCACGGUCUGCUAGGUCAGUUCCUGUAUGAGGAAGUGGGAUUGGCAGAGCUUCCUGCACAGGGAGAUACAAAGCCCUCACUGGUCCUGAAGGUGAAGAACCGCUCAGUGCCCGUUGUUCAGAAAAGUAGGAGGAUCUACAGCGGCACACAGAGUGUGGACUGCUGGUUCGCCAGGAACAACGCAGCCAAGCUGAUAGACGGAGAGUACAAGGACUAUUUGAUGUCACACAUGUUUGACACAGGAGACUGGCCACAUGGGACAAACCAGGUGUGAGAUGAGCGCAAAGAACUAUAGCUUCAGCAUUUAAUUACCUGACUAAACUCCUUUUAAAGAUAAUUAUCACAUCCAAAAAGACCUAAAAGCCUCCACACAUUAAGUUUUUUCCUACCUUCAGGUCCCUUCUGAAUAUAUUUUUAUUAUUUCUGAUGAAAAUGAAAUGUUUUAUUAUACAAUUUAUUAUUUUUUACAUCAAUUAUAUAAUAAAAAGUGUAAAUAAAAUGAGGAAAACUAGAAAAAUUUUAAGGCUGUUUUCUGAUAUCACCUUUUGCACACAUGUAAACUUAAAGCUGUAAAUCACACCUGUUUACCACUGAGGACAACCCCGCCAACUAACCCUUUGACCUACUGCUGAUGAAUACAUGUAAACCUAACGCACCCUUACAUACAGCACCUUGUCAUCAGGUGGAGAUCACAGGGCUGCAGGCCACACCCACACAGGUGUGCUCUGGCCAGGUCUCACUCAGGUUGUCUGUCAUCGUGCCGCAGCGCCCGAGCUGCCACAGGAAUUCAACACCAAACACGAGUUCAUGUGUCAAUCAUCUUUAUUCAUAGCACAGAGUAAAUACAUUCGUAAGAAGCACUGAGGCAGCUCACGGCCUGUGCAUGACACUGCAGAUCAUGCUGUACCAUGCCAUCCACAGGAUUAUAACUUUGUUUAUUAAGAAAAAAAAAAAGAGAAAAAAAAAUACAAAAUACAAUAUUAUAGACAGUACAUAUCAAACUGUAGACCUUUGAAAUUAUAGACGUAAACCAUGUAGGCAGGAAUACUUUGAGGAUAAAGUAACAUAAAUCCAUCACUUGACCCGUUUACCACCUUUAUCUGGUGAAGACUCAAAACUCUCACACCUUUUCACUAACCUUCCUAUUCAUUGCAUUUACCACAGAUUGGACCACAAUAUAGAUAUACAGAGAUUAAUAACUGAAUAAAUAAAAUUGUGCCACAUUUUGCAAAAGUUUAAUACACAGCUGCUGCAUCAUCCCAGUAUAGUGUAACAUAAAGGCCUCCUAUAGGAGACAAAAAAAGAAGUCUGAAGUGUUACAAGAUGUUCUAUUGUUAUUAUUAAAAAGUGCCUAAAAACUACCUGAUAAUUCAAUUUUAAGCUUGACUGAUGCUUCCGCAUUAAAUCUACGACAUAGACAUUUAUUCUACUCCAUGUAGUUCCCCGGAAGUGCAACUA